CAACUAGUCGCUACGUUCACAUUUUCUCACUCUACAUAACUUUCUCUUUCUCUCUCUCUCAACAACCAUCAAUAUUCAAUUAUACCACCCUUCCAUUCCACCACCCUUCUUUUUCUUAUUUUCUUCUAUAUACAAUACAAGUAUAUUAAUAACACACAAUACAAGAGGAGGGAGAAAGAAAAUAAUAAAAAACAAAACAAAAACAAAAACAGAAACAAAAGGUGGUAGAUGCAUGAGCCACAACACACACAUUAUCUCAUACAACUACACUCACCACCUUGUCUUCCCUCAAUAUUCCUAUAAACCCCUUCUUUCUUUUCCUUAAGAUUUUCUCACUUGGAUUCUCUCUUCUCUUUCUGUUGUCACCUUAUCCUUUUUCAGGUACCCUUUUACCAACAACAAUGGCUUGUUGACUUGUUCUUCCCAUUUCCGUCUAAGUAAUCGCUCACCUGCUUUAAAGGAAAAAAACGGGAUGGUAUAAAAUUAAUCAUCAUGCUUUGGUGAUUCGGUAAAAAGACUGAAACUAACAAUGGUAAGCUUAAGAAGGCGCAGGCUCUUGGGACUAUGCUCAGGAAGCAGUUCUUUUGUCAAUCCUCUUCCUCUAUACUGUGAGAAUCUAACUGGUUCUGAAAAUUUGUCGUGGCAUGCUAAACCAAAGAGUGAACAGCCUAUGCUCUCAGACGAUGCAAGCAUCCCAGACAGUGUAGGACUAAGAUCACUACUAAACACUGUUGUGCAAGAAGAACCAGGUUCAUCAAAUAUUUCUGGUUCAAGCUCAUCUAAAGAGCUGCUUAUUCAAUCAACCGUUGCAGGACCUGCUGUCAAACGUAGGAAGCGACAUAGGAGAAAGAAUUUACAUAGUCAAGAAGUCAGCAUGAGAGGUGUAUACUUCAAAAAUAUGAAGUGGCAAGCAGCAAUAAAAGUUGACAAGAAACAGAUCCACUUAGGUACUGUUGGAUCACAAGAAGAAGCUGCUCACUUAUAUGACAGGGCUGCAUUCAUGUGUGGGAGAGAGCCCAAUUUCGAUCUUCCAGAAGAAGAGAAGCAGGAACUGCGCAAAUUCAAAUGGGAUGAUUUCUUGGCGAUGACUCGACAAGCAAUCACACGCAAAAAGCUCAAGAGAAUGAUUAGCCCAGAACUGCCUAAUAGUUUUGAUUGGGAAAGCAAGCAAGGAGUGAGUGGUUUCUCUCCUUAUGAAGAUGCAGAUCAGGAAACAUCAAUGUCAUGAAAUUUAUGAUUCAGGAACCACAUCUAGUUGUAAUCCAAUACUAUAUGCUAGAUCCAUUAAUUAUGACAUACCUUGAUAGCAUUGAUAAUCUUUUAAGACAUGCAAAUUAUUACAUAUUAUUAACACAUUAAAGAGUACAUCUCAAGUUGGACAUUGUCAACUUUCAGGUGCUGAGAUCCUUAAUAAAUUCACCAAACUAGUGCAACAUUUAUUUUCUUCUGUGCAAUGGAAAUAAAAUGCUUCUGUUCAUUGCCACAUUAAA